UCUCCGCCGGCAGGUUUGGUCCGACCGGACCCCAACACAGUCUGAAGUGUCAGAUAGUCUUGUUAACACGUGAGAUAUUCAGUGUAUGGAAGAGAGUGAAAGAAAGGGAAACCGGGAGACAGAGGGCUGCUAAAUAACACGGAAGAUAAGUUUUGAGAGGGAGAGAGAGAGAGAGAGAGAGAGAGAGAGAGAGAGAGAGAGAGAGAGAGAGCGAGAGAUAGGGAGCUGGACUUGGAGGAAACUGCGGAGGACCUAAUGAGGGAAUGCCGAAAAGGAGAGCAGACAUACGGCCAGAGCACCAGACAUGAGUCCGAGAUAUCUGUUGUUGCAGGUGGCGGACUGAAGACGAUGCUGGAUGCCAUGGACGUUCCAAGUCAUGCUAGGGAUCUCCUCCUGCAGCUCAACAGCCAACGAACCAAAGGCUUCCUGUGUGAUGUUAUCAUCGUGGUGCAGAACGCCCUCUUCAGAGCUCACAAGAACAUUCUGGCUGCCAGCAGCCUCUACUUGAAAUCUUUGGUGGUCCAUGACAAUCUCAUCAACCUCGACCACGAGAUGGUGAGUCCAGGGGUCUUCAGGGUCAUUCUGGACUACAUCUACACAGGCCGCCUUAGUGAGGGAGACCCCACUUCCCCCACUGAACCCAAUCUAGGGGCCGUCUUGGCGGCAGCCAGCUACCUUCAGCUGCUCGACUUAGUGGCUUUGUGCAAAAAGAAGCUGAAAAGAAAUGGCAAGUACCCUCCCCGCCCAGGUCCUGCAUUUCUGCCCUACCCAAAGAUGGGGCCCAAUAACAUGGGUUUAGGGAGUGGUGGCAGGUAUAGGAUUUCGACUCCUGUCAUUCAGUCCUGCCCUCCAGGUGGAAUUUUAAAUAACAAUGCAACCCGAGCAUCACCACUAGAGGAGCUAGUUCCCCAUAGACUAGCCGUUCAUGCUGCGGAACUGUAUGCUCCCACCUCCAUCCAGGGCUCUCAGGUGUUCCCGGCCCUGCAGUCAGCUCUGCCUGCCCAUAUUGGGCGCUCAGCCCACCCUGAGAGGAACUGCUCCCCCAGCUAUGGCCUUGAUCUCUCCAAGAAAAGCCCCAACUCCCAGUCUCAGCACACACCCUCUCAGUCCCAUCUGGCGAACGCUCACAACGAUGAGGAGCGAGACGGGACUCUGAGCGGACGCACUAGUCCCACGCAGGGGACGAAUGGAAGGGCCUUCCCCUCCGAAAAAAUGGAGUCGACUGACCAGGCAAGCUCCCUCACUCCUCCACCAUUCCUCCAUCACAACCAGCCUCUUGGCCCGCACCUCCCCCACCUGCACCGCUCGGGCUCCCAGGGAAGAGAUCGCUACCCGUGCCCCCCCAGCCCUGACACCCCCACAGAGGGUGGAGAGGCAGGCAGAGACAUGGGAAACAUCUACCGCUGGGUGAAACACGAGCCACUGUCGUACACAGCUGAAGAUGAAGAUGAGGAUGAGGACGAGGAAGAAGCGGGGGAAAACGGAGAACAGCAUCAUAACCACCACAAGGCCGGGGAGGAGAGCGAAGGAGCCGACGACAAGAGCGGGUCGGGCACAGAGGAGACGGGCAGCAGUGAAGGCCGCCCGUCCCCUUCUGGACAAAUGGGGAGGUUCCACAUACCGUAUGAGCCGGAGAGCUUCGGGGACAAUCUGUAUGUCUGCAUUCCCUGUGACAAAGGCUUUCCGAGCUCAGAGCAGCUCAAUGCACACGUGGAGACACACACGGAAGAAGAGCUGUACGGCAACUCCGGUGGGGAGAUGGGAAACGGCAAUAACGGCAGCACCAAAAACAUGAGCAGUAAUACAAACGGUUACGGGAGUCUGAACAGCUGCAACAGUUUGAACAGUCUGUCCCACCUGGAGACCAAGUCCAGCCAGGGGCUGGGCUCGGGGGGCAUCGGGGAGAUGAUCCGACCCUACCGCUGUUCCUCCUGUGAGAAGUCCUACAAAGAUCCAGCCACUUUGCGCCAGCAUGAGAAGACCCACUGGCUGACCCGGCCUUACCCCUGCAGCAUCUGUGGCAAGAAGUUCACGCAGCGCGGCACCAUGACGCGCCACAUGCGUAGCCACCUGGGCCUUAAACCUUUUGCCUGCGACUCCUGUGGCAUGCGCUUCACCCGCCAGUAUCGCCUAACCGAGCACAUGCGCAUCCACUCAGGGGAGAAGCCCUACGAAUGUCAGGUGUGCGGAGGGAAGUUCGCUCAGCAGCGCAACCUCAUCAGCCACAUGAAGAUGCACAGCAGCGGAGGGACUGCAGGGGGCCUGACCGCGGAUGGGAAACUGAAGCUGGACUUUGCCGAGGGCAUCUACCCUCUGAGUAAAUAUGCGGCAGAGCAUCUGGGGCUGAAGCAGGAGAAGGCCAAUGAGCUUCUCAUCCAAGCCCAGCAGCAACUGGUAGCUGAUGCGAAGGUCAUGGAAAGCCUCUACCCGCUGUCCAAACUGGCCUCAGAGCACCUGGGCCUCGCCCACGACAAGAUGGAUGUCCUGGGCCAACCCCUCCCCCCUCCUCCACAGGCCCUCUCUGAAGCCCGCACCAUUGACCGCUACUCACCCAGCUAAGACCACAUGACCUGUAUAAAUGGCAGUCACCAAUAGAUCUGUGCACACAUAACUUGCAGUAUUCUAAAGCCAUUCACCUCAACACAAAUCUCCUCUGCACUUCAGACUCAGGCCAGGAGGAAUUGGCCUGCUCAUGCACACCAAAAGGUGUAGACUCUAAGUGCCUUUAUAUGCAUCUAAUGUAUCUUAAAGUCCUCCUUCAUAAAGGAGCUCUGUGCUAUUCCGUGACCAAGAGACACUCACUCAAAGAAGUCCUGUAUUUAUGUACAGUGUAUGCAAACAAACUUAAAAAAAAGAAAAGAAAGAAAAUUACAGCCAUUGAGCCAAAGUGACAAAUUGAAAACCCAAAUGAAAUUGUUUUAUUUAUUUUUGUAUUUUGGUGAAAUCCAAAGAGAAACUGUUGCAAGGAAAUGUUGCAAUCUGACCCUAAACCUGUGUACUAUCAAGUAUCACCAGUGUACAAGUAAAUGAAAAAGCACAUAAGGACAAGAUUCAGGGUUUGAGUCCAGACCUGAGCGGAACUUUUACCAAAUGAAUAAGCCAACUCUUCUGGACUUUAAAGUAAUGGGAGGAUAUUUUUUUUUUUUCCUUCUUCUGUUUUUUUUUUGGGGGUACUGGAUCAUUUAUGUAUCCCAGCUUCUCCAAAUCAUGCUCCUGCUUCCCAAGUUGCAAGGGAAUGACUGGCAUCUCGGUAAAGUCUCCUCUGUUUUAUUUUCUCCACAUUUUUUUAAAAGUAACCCACUACCCCACAUACUUGUGCGGAUAAAGACUCAUGCUAUGUGACAGUAAUGGUAGCUUAAUCAGCCUUACACGCAGCGUGUAACCCUUCUUGACCUAAAACUUUGCAUUCUGUCUAACAUCCCUUAGCUUUCAGUUGUUAUUGAGAUGCAAUAAGCAAAGCCCUGUGAUCUCAUAACUGGGACACGAUUGCACAUACCCAACUGAUGACACACUAAUCCCUGUUCACGAGGAGCGUAGCUUCAUCUCGCUGCGUAGACGAAGCGUGGGUGUUGCCUCUGACAUUGUGUAAUAUUUACAAUUAUGGAUGCAGCCGAGCAGAGAGGCAGGGACGAGGUCAGAACGGAUGGCACAGAAAUCUGUCAUUUACUUUCAACAGCAAUUACUCUAUUCACAGCAGCCUGAUGAUUCAUCGUGUAGCGACGGUAGUCGGACGCCGCAUUGCCGCAGCUCCACCGUCCCACCUCUCAUUUGUCCUCCCUCCCCUGCAGUCUGUUGUCUGGGAGCCCUGCUACCGUUGACAGGCCAAAGUGAGUGCUGUACUCAGCCCUUUGCCUUAAAAGCGCUUCACUCCACUCCACUCGCCCCACACAGAUACACACUCCCUCCCCCUCCACAGACACAUAGCGAGCUGCUAAUCUGUCCGCGAUAUGAACAUGAGAAGGGGUUUGUGGGUCGUCCCCUGGAAGCCAGCGGGCGAACAGCGCACCCCAGCUGCCGUGCCUCAGUAAUCCCUGUGAAAUCUCACUUUCUCCUGGACAAUUCCCACCGCUCGCCGGCAUGAUGUCCCAUUUCAUGCCUGCCAUCUUACCCCUCUGAUCCACUUAUUAACAUCGUAUCCGAAACCGAGCGAACGUCUCCCUGCCCAGCCUCCCUUUCCCGCUUGUAUCAAACGUGAAAUCAAAGAAUGACAUAUUUCUGUGUUGGCUGACCAGCAGUUCCUCCAGCUUGAAAACAAAAGAGCACUUAAAAAGGUUGCGGGUUGACGGCACAUUUUUGUCUUUCAAAUGUUUAUUCCAAAGAACGUGCUGGCCUUUGGUUUUCUUUAACCACUUUUACUGGUCCUUGAUUCAGAUUAGGAAUGUCUGACCACUAUAGUGCCAAUGCCAACCUCAGUGGGUGAAUGUGAAGACUAAAGCCAUAAAUACACUGUGAUAGAGGUAGUGAAUCCUAAAGGCUUCAAAGAAAAAAAAGAAGAAAAAAAAACAGAGACAAUGUGCCUGACUUUUGGGAUUGUUAUUCUUUAAAUGUAACAAUAAUUUAAGGGCUUCUUCUCUGUAGCAUAUGAUCAUAUCAAACAUGUUGUUUUCUGUCACUUUUUUUUUUUUUUUUGAACUGAAAGCUACGCACGAGAAACUGGUGCUUACCUCAGGACUGAACCCAGCAUGGGGACGCUAAGCUUUACUAAACCUUCCAAUUACAAUGUCAGCACACACACUUACACAGACACCCAUGCACACACACUUUUUUAUUUUCUUAUCAACAGGGCUCAGUGUUCCUGUGUUAAACCUGUGGUUUUUUUCUGUGUUUAUACAUUUCUUGUUUUAUGGUGAAGAGAUAACAUGUGAUAUUAACAUUUUCUUUGUUUUUAUUUUGUACUAUGCGGUAUACAUUUUCUAUUGUGCUGUCCUCAAAGAGGCUUGUGCUGGUAUGACCAAUUCCAGUUGUUAUAACAUAAGGCAAAGUCAUUUUGGUCGCAUCUUAACUGGCUGUUUGUGAAUUUCUGAACCACACUUUAGCGAGCAUGAUGGAUUUGAUCUUUGGUUUCAACCACACAGAAUAUUCUCAGUAUUUCCCUAAACAGGGGAACAUUGGCUUUACAGGGCGAGUAUGAAAAGUAGCCUCAUAUUUCUCCAGAGGUUAAUGAACUUUCAAUGACGAGAGCCAGACUGAGGCCGUAUUGCAUGCACACAAACACACACACAGGAAGCCAGCUUGUUUUGGAUGAUGCUUUGAGUUUUGGGACUGUUUUGUCAAGCUGUGUAACAAAAAAGAAAAGAAAUGAUAGGCUAAAUGAAACCUUAUUUACAACUUUGUCCACAAGCAAGUGCAUACGUGUUCAAAAUGUACAGCAGGCGGCUGUCAGUCGUGGGACUUUCAGUCCCCUCACUUUUUCACUCGUUUAAAUGAAAAUCUGUCUCCUCCUUUUCCCUGCCUUACACCAUUAAAAUAACACACAGUGUUUCCACUGUUACUCCAAAUCUGCGCAGGAGGGAAGAGCAAGAUAACGGCUGAACAUUUCUGUAGGAUGUGCACAGUUUAAAAUGUGCUUAAUUGCAUUAAUGUGUAUGACAGACAGAGGGGGGAGGAGGGUUGGGUAUCUAUAGAAAAGGGAAGCGUUUGCUUGUCUGUUUGUACGCCCCUGUGCCAUUCGAGCGUAUGAAGGGCCGUUAAUGCAUGUCCUGGGAAUAGGGUUGGUGUGAAGGAGAAGAGCUGAGGAGCUGAGGAGCAGGAAGUGAACUUUUGGCUGGUGCGUUGUGUUGAGCAGGAUGUGCCGUGUGCUUCUGCUCAGAGGCAGAUAGAGAGACGGAGAAUGGGGAGGGAGAGGAGCAGGGAGAGCGCAGCAGGGUGGACGCGAGCCAUUGUCUCAGUAUGAAAGCCUGUUCGUACUUCUAAAACUCUCCAUUCAGAAAACAAGUUGACUGUAUCUUCUCUUUUCCUUCCCCUUUUUUUUGCUCUUUGGGAAUAGACCUCUGCUCAGUAUCACGGUGACGCGACAUCAUGGGCUUUCCAAGGGCUGCACAGCGAGGAAGCCAUUCGGACAUUUUGUUACAAUUUGGGGAUUUUUUUUUUUUUAAUUGGGGCAGCGCUGAUCAAUAUGAAGGGCCUAGAAACUGUAAUGUAAUUCAUAAUUUAGAAAAUGGCAGUAUUUUUAUUGCUCUGUGGUUGAUUCAAUUAGUAAAAUUACAAGAGUCUUGUUUCAAUUUGCUGGUGUAGCCACUUGCCCCAUGGGGGUUUUAUGCCAUAAUGCCUUUGUUAACGUUAUUUAUAGGACACACCCGCCCAGAAAACCUCUCAUUGCCACCAAAGUGGUUUUGAUGAAGAUGUUUAGAAAGUAAUAAACUCAGGCAUUCGAAACAA